AAGAAGCAAGCAGGAGGAGGGAGGAGGAGGAGUUGUAGUAGUUUCCGUUCGCUGAGUUGACUCCGAUUCCGAUUCCGCUUCCGAUCGCGCACGUCCGUCGUCGACGACUUCAUUUGCACACAGAGAGAGAGAGAGAGAGAAGUGGCGUCUCAGCUGUGAUCCACGGCGGUUGCGCGUUGUUCUCCCCCACCGUCGCUCGUUCGAUAGCCAGCUGACCAGAUUCUACUCCUGGUGGCUGAAGCACGACUACCAAAAUUCAGCGGCCAGGUUUAGGGGGUGACUCGCCCCAAGUUGGUGAGUACAACCCUUUUCCUGUUGCACGGAGAGUAAACUCCUCCCAAAUGAUGGCCAUGGAUGAUGACAUGGAGAGUGGGGCUUUGAGGUCCUACCAGGACAAGCCCAGGACGUUUCCAAGCAUGCGCACUAAGCCUCACACCCCACCGAUUAUCCGCAUGUUGAUGGGAAUCAACGUUCGGGUUCUUCUUAUCUUGCUGCUUCUGGUAUUCGGAGGGGUCUUUUACAUUGGUGCAAAGACUUCUCCAGUCAUAGUGUUCGUCUUCUCUAUUUGCAUUAUGAGUUUCCUUUUGUCAAUAUAUCUCACAAAGUGGGUACUUUCAAAGGAUGAGGGCCCCCCCGAGAUGGUUCAGAUAUCAGAUGCUAUCCGUGAUGGCGCUGAAGGUUUUUUUAGGACCCAGUAUGGGACUAUCUCCAAGAUGGCACUGUUACUAGCUUUAGUCAUCCUCAGCAUUUAUCUGUUUCGCACUACUACACCACAACAAGAAGCUUCUGGUCUGGGGAGGUCAACAUCUGCUUAUAUCACUGUUGCUGCAUUUCUUCUGGGGGCUCUAUGUUCAGGUAUAGCGGGCUACAUUGGUAUGUGGGUGUCUGUUCGUGCAAAUGUUCGAGUCUCCAGUGCUGCAAGGCGAUCGGCAAGAGAGGCAUUGCAGAUAGCUGUUCGUGCGGGCGGCUUCUCUGCACUGGUGGUGGUUGGCAUGGCUGUUCUUGGAAUAGCUAUCCUUUACGCUGCAUUUUAUGUUUGGCUGGGCGUGGACUCUCCAGGUUCCAUGAAGGUUACUGAAUUGCCCCUUUUAUUGGUGGGAUAUGGAUUUGGAGCAUCAUUUGUGGCCCUGUUUGCUCAGCUGGGUGGUGGAAUAUAUACAAAAGCAGCUGAUGUUGGUGCUGACCUCGUAGGCAAAGUAGAGCAGGGAAUACCGGAAGAUGAUCCACGGAAUCCUGCUGUUAUUGCUGAUUUGGUAGGAGAUAACGUGGGUGAUUGUGCAGCUCGAGGUGCUGAUCUUUUUGAGAGUAUUGCAGCUGAAAUCAUUAGUGCUAUGAUACUUGGAGGAACAAUGGCCCAACGUUGUAAAAUUGAAGAUCCAUCCGGCUUCAUCUUGUUUCCUCUUGUUGUCCAUUCCUUUGACCUGGUAGUGUCAUCAGUUGGAAUACUUUCGAUCAGGGGAACACGUGAAUCUGGUCUGAAGGCAUCCAUUGAGGAUCCAAUGGCAAUUCUUCAGAAAGGAUACUCUGUUUCUAUAGUUUUAGCCGUUAUUGCUUUUGCCGCGUCUACACGAUGGAUGCUUUAUACUGAACAAGCGCCUUCUGCAUGGGUGAACUUUGCUUUGUGCGGGCUGGUUGGCAUUAUGACAGCCUAUAUUUUUGUAUGGAUCACAAAGUAUUACACAGACUACAAGCAUGAGCCCGUGCGCAUGCUAGCUCUUUCUAGCUCCACAGGUCAUGGAACUAACAUAAUUGCUGGAGUAAGCUUGGGUUUGGAAUCAACAGCUCUUCCAGUCCUUGUUAUAAGUGUAUCGAUAAUUUCAGCUUUCUGGCUGGGCCAAACUUCUGGUUUGCUCGAUGAGACUGGCAAUCCAACUGGAGGUCUCUUUGGAACAGCUGUAGCGACGAUGGGCAUGCUCAGCACUGCUGCCUAUAUUCUCACUAUGGAUAUGUUUGGUCCAAUAGCUGAUAAUGCUGGUGGAAUUGUGGAGAUGAGUCAGCAGCCAGAAAGCGUUCGGGAAAUUACUGACGUUCUAGAUGCAGUGGGUAACACCACUAAAGCUACAACCAAAGGUUUUGCAAUUGGAUCAGCUGCACUUGCAUCUUUUCUUCUCUUCAGUGCUUACAUGGAUGAGGUGUCUUCAUUUGCUCGUGAGCCUUUUAAAGAGGUUGACAUUGCAGUUCCAGAAAUUUUUGUUGGUGGGUUGCUAGGUUCCAUGCUUAUUUUUUUAUUUAGCGCAUGGGCCUGUUCAGCUGUUGGCCGAACUGCACAAGAGGUUGUUACUGAAGUGAGGAGACAAUUUAUUGAGAGGCCUGGUAUAAUGGACUACAAGGAGAAACCUGAUUAUAGUCGAUGUGUUGCCAUAGUAGCAUCUGCAUCAUUGAGGGAGAUGAUAAAACCCGGUGCUUUGGCUAUUGUUUCACCUAUAGCGAUUGGUCUUGUUUUCCGGAUUUUGGGGCAUUACACAGGACAUCCUCUUCUUGGGGCCAAAGUUGUGGCUGCCUUUCUAAUGUUCGCUACGGUUUCUGGUAUUCUUAUGGCUCUCUUCCUGAAUACAGCAGGUGGUGCCUGGGAUAAUGCGAAGAAGUACAUCGAGACAGGAGCUCUUGGAGGCAAGGGGAGUGAGAGUCAUAAAGCUGCAGUCACUGGAGAUACUGUGGGUGACCCCUUCAAGGACACAGCUGGACCUUCCCUGCAUGUGCUGAUAAAGAUGCUUGCGACCAUAACACUCGUCAUGGCUCCUGUGUUUCUGUGAGAGUUUGUCCAUAUAUACCGGGAUUUUCAACAGCGAAUUCAAGCCGGCACCCAUUUUCGUCUGACUAGUAUACUUUGCCAAAUGCAUUAGAUAGGAGUUCUCGAUUUUAUGUAUAUCCCCCGGGUGUCGACUUGAAUGUCAUACUAACAUCUUUGUUUGAAUAAAGAGACGUUUAAGUUGCUACUCA